GCGGCGUUCGAAAGGUCUGGCCAGGGGACCGUCUCUAGUUUUGUAAUCCGCAACCCAGAGCCCAAAGUGCACAGCUCUUUCUCCGGCAUCAGCCAGAGCGGAAUCCUCUUCCCCAACCUCAAGACUGUGCAGCCUGUGCUUCCAUUUUACCGCAGCCUGGUGACACCGGCGGAACUGGCUCACACGCCGGGCAACCUGCCAUCACUCCCAUAUCUGUCCUCGUCUGUGAACACCAAUGCAUGUCACAUGGAGACGAGCUCAGAGCCAGCGCCCAAGAAGAAGUCCAGAAAGUCCAGCAUGCCGAUAAAGAUAGAGAAGGAUGAACUAGCAGCAGAGGAUGUGUCGUCGGAGGGAAGUCCAGCCCUUAGUCCCUGUACAGAAGCAGAAAAUUGUCGUGGUGUUAGCAUGGGUAGUGAAACACCUGUGGACUGUGAAACUCUUAACCGAUCCACACCCCUUAGAUCCAUCCCCAAAGCACAGAACACAGAACUGGAUGCAUUUCUCACUCACAAGGACAGUUACAUCAUCUCGUCAUCCUCUUCUCUCGUACAUUUGAAAACGACUCACAACUCCACAGAGAAAUCUCCAAAAUGUGAAGAACCACCAUGUAGUUCACAACCAGACCGACCCUGCAGCCAGCCGAGCAAUUUCACUGUAAGCCAUGCUGAACACUGUAUAGACAGCUGUAGUGACCCCGAGACCUUCUGCUCAGAUGAUAGAGAAGAACAGUCUCACUCAUGUGAGAUCUGCAACAAGACAUUCAAAAACCCUUACAGUGUGAAAAUGCACUACAGAAACGUGCACUUGAAAGAGAUGCACAUGUUCACUGUGGAUGGCUGCAAUGCUGCGUUUCCUUCUCGUCGCAGUAGAGAUCGACACAGUGCAAACCUGAAUCUGCACCACAGGCUGUUGACCAAAGAUCAUUCGGGAGCCUCAUCUUUCCGCAGAGAUCGUCUAGACUUCCUUGACAAAGAGACUCUGAGCCAGAUGUCGGUCAUUCUUAAAGGAAGCAACCGUACAGGCUUGGUGUUCCCCAUGAGUAAAGCACUGGUGAGAGAAGUAGAUUCAGCAGAGGGCGCUCUGGAGGAUGAAGCUGUAUUAGAUUUAAGCACCAGAGGAAGCGCUCACUUUUCCUGGGACUCAGAUAUAGGCAGUGAGGAAGGGCUCCCUCUGGACGACAGUGACGAGAGCUGUGACGGGCUGAGCGCUCAAGCGUCCGAAUCUCUGCCCUGCCUCAGUCAUCAGUUUCACGGCUCAUCACCUAUAACCUGUCAUCUUUGUCAGAAAGUUUACAGCAACAAAGGUACAUUCAGGGCUCAUUACAAAACAGUUCACCUUCGACUUCUCCACAAGUGUAAAGUUCCAGGAUGCGACACAACAUUCUCCUCUGUUAGAAGCCGCAAUCGACAUAGCCAGAAUCCAAAUCUACAUCGGAACCUCGCAACAAAUACCUCCUUCAAUCAGGAGUGAGACUAGCACGUUUUCACACACAAAGCCAUAAACACCUAAAUAUACAGUCAAGGAUUCACUUCUAUCAACAGCAUUUGGUACUGUAUACUGCACAUUUAAGAGUACUGGACACAACUGGAAAGAAACAUUCAUAUUUAUAUUAAAAACCUUUGUUAUCUUGAGAUGUGGACUUCAUCUUACAAACUACUUACAAUCCUUUCAUUGUAUUUAUUCACUUUUAUAGAGCAAGAAAUAUGACUGAAAAAUGAUUUCCACAAUGGUUGUCACAGGUCUGUCAACACAAAGAUGUAAAUGAUGAUGGUUUAUGAUGUGACAAGUAAUUGUUCUGCACACACUGAAUUAUGAUCAUCUUUUUAAGAGAUGAUUGAAAACAUUCAUUGCUGUUAAAAGUCCUUCUCUCAUUAUUGUAUUUCUUCUCUGCACUUAUUCACUAAAAGACAUUUGAUAGACCAUUACAUGGCAUUGGUGAGUGAAAGUUAUUUGACUCAUCGUGUCCUUCAGUACAUUUUCUUGUAGUAGCAUACUUGUGUUUGCUUGAUGUUCAGGUUUCUGAUUACAAAAGAAUCAGUCAAGCCCUUUGAUAUUGUUACUGUUGUUUUUUGUUCCUAUUGAG